AUGUCGUGCCAACUUACAUCUGUCGUCGAAGGAAUGUCCCCAACACAGGUGCCCAUUUUCUCGAAAGGACAUGAAGAGGCAAGGGACACUUCGAAGUAG